AUGUCUACUGAUGCUCAAUCAAGGCUUAUAGUAACUCGUGGUAUUCCUCUUUCUUCAUUCAUAUCAGAAAAUGUUGCUAAUACAUCUAGUGAAGAGUUCAUUCUUGAUCUUAGUCAACGGCCAAUAACAGCAAUGACAUCAGAAAUAAUAUAUAAAAAUUCUUCAAUUCAUUAUAUUGAUGAUUGGGCAAAUGAUGCAAAAUGUAACUAUACUGAUUCGAUUGAUGAUGACUUGAAUCGAAUAUCAAUAAUCAAUAGUGACAAUAAAUUAAAUAUUGAACACUCCUUAACUGAUCAAUUAAAGCAUCAUUCGCUACAAGAAGAUUCUUUGUCAGAUAGUUCAAAUAAAAAUCAAUCAAAACUUGAUCUUUAUUCGUCAAUAAAAAAAAAGAAUUCACCAUCUAGUCGAAUAAUAAUUCAUGAACUAGAACCUUGUUUAAGUUCAACUCGAUUAUGUUCAUCAAAUUUUCUUUGGUCAAAAUAUUUAUCUCAAAUAAGCGAACGAUCAGUGUCCGAUGAAUUUUUUGAUCAUUAUUUAGCAUCAAUUGAAUCCGGUUUUGAAAUUAAUAUGAAACUUGAAUAUUGUUAUGAUAUACAACGUGACUUAUAUUGGUUAACACAAGUACAAUUAAUAUCUCAUAGUUUAAUUCUUCUACAUUAUGUUGGUCUCCCUGAUGAUGACACAUCAAAUGAUUUUUGGGCGUACAUUUAUGGACAACGUUGUCAUCCGAUUGGAUGGUGUAAAGAAAAUAGUAAAUUAAUGUUACCACCACCUAUUGUUACUAAACGAGCUAUUCAACAAGCAGCAUUAAAUAAUAAUACUACAUCAAAUGGAAAUGAGAAACAAUCAAACACAAUGAAAGGAGAUCCAAAAACGAUUAGUCAAACUCCAUCUACUUAUCUAUUUGAUCAAGAUAUUGGUUUGACUCGUGCUGAACAAUUAAAAAAAGGCAUGUUGCUUGAAAUGCAAGAUAUAAAUCGGCCAUGGACACUAUGGUUUGUUCGAAUAAUUAGUAAUCGUGGUGGACGAUUACAUCUUCGAUAUGUUACAAAUAUAAACGUCUCAGAAGAAGAAGAAGCAGCAGCAGAAGACAAUUCCAGUUUAUUUUCAUUAGAUACUCAUAUAUUUUAUCUUGAUCGUCGUAUUCAUUUCAUUGGUUGGACAUCACUUAAUUCAUCAAUUUAUUUUUAUGAUAUUCCAACAUGUUUUACAUUAAGCAUCGAUAAACAACGCAUUAUUGAUAUGUGUAUAGUGGAAGCAGAAAAACAAUUUUUACCUCCGAACUUAUUUAAAGGACAAGAAGAAAUUGUUAAACAUCGUUUUACAGAAGGAAUGAAAUUAGAAGUAUUUGAAAGUAAAACUCAAAAUGUUCAUAUUGGAAGAAUUGGUCAUAUUCAUAAUGAAUAUUAUUUUGAUGUUAUCAUUGAUAAUGAAGAUGGAAAUGAAUUAUCAUUUAUUGCUCAUUCGACUCACCCAUAUCUUUUACCAGCACAUUGGGCUGGUGAACAUAAACUUACAUUAAUGAAUGGCAAAGAUGUUCGACAAACAGACGAUUAUUGGAAUUUAUAUACAGAAAAAAAUGGUAUCAAUAAUUUAGCAUCUGAAAGAUAUUUUAACUUAAUAACAUUAAAUCCAACAGGCAAUAAUAGAGUUGAACCUGGAAUGAAAAUGGAAAUGAUUUAUACAUUAGAUAAUAAAGAUAUUGUUUUUUCUGUAACACUUGUUCGUGUUACUAAUCAUCUUAUGUGGUUAAGACUUGACGAUACGAGUUUAUUCAAUGAUGAAAACCUUAUAUAUCAAGUUGUACCAAUAAAUUCAUUAGAUGUUUUUCCUGUUGGAUGGGCAAAAUUUAAUGACUUUCAGUUAAUAACACCUAUUCAAUAUGAAACUACUCUAAAAACAUACGAACAAAAUCGAUAUGAUUUAUUUUCGUCGGUAACACACUAUCCGAAAAUUCCUCGUGUAUAUUUAAAUGAAGUGUAUCUAUUAACAAUUUAUGUGAAUAUUCAAUGCUUUUAUGGGCCGCACUUUUGUUCACCGCGUCUUGCUCGUAUUCCAGCAAGAUUUGGUCCAGGUCCAUACCGUGAUGUUCUAAUCGAUAUGUUUCAUCAUCUUCUAGCAGUAAUAUCGACAAAUGCCCAUCGUACAUUACGACGACUAGAUUAUCACACAAAUAAUAAAACAACGUCAAAUAUGAAAACUGAAUAUAUUAAAGCAGCAAAAAGAUCUUCGAAAUUAAUACGUCCUAUAUCAAUACCAAGUGAACCUCGUUUAGUACAUCAUUAUCUACGUCAUAUAUGUACGCAAUUAGAAGCCUGCCCAAAUUUAAUUAGUAUGAAAAAUGUUGGCAAUCAUUGUCCAGAUAAAUGUCAUAUAUUAACAAAUACUUUCGCUUUUUCUUCACAUUCAAAACCUAAACGUCCUCAACUUCGUGCUGCACAAAGCAGAUACCGUAAACAAAAAUCUUUAUUAUGUCAUUUAAAAAAUACUCUGGAAACUUCAAAUGUGUCAAGUCCUGUUGUUGAAGAAUUACCACCAAUAGAACUGCAAACAACCGUAAUUAAUACAAGUGAUAUAUCUCCAUCAGUACCAGCUUCAUUGCCUGGUUGUGACAGACAAACACGUGGUUUUCGUGUUCAUAUUGAACGUAAAACACACACAGUCACAAGAACGAAUAGAAAACAAAAAUUAAUCAAUAACGAGGAAAUAUCAUCAAUAAAUGUUAAACAAGAACCUAUUGAAAUAAAUAAUAUGACAUCUGAAGCAUCAUCAUCAUCGUUAUCAUCAACAGCAAACAAUCAUUCAAUAAAAGAAACUAAACGUACAUGUAUAUCAAAGAAAAAACGCUCUAUAUCUCCAUCAAUUGUUAAUCGAUCGAAAUCACCAGUAACAUUGAACAUAUUAUCAACAGAUUCAAAUUCUUCAUUACUCUUAAAUAAAAAAAAUAAAAAACGAUGUCUUGCUCCAACGCUUCAAUCACAAAAUGACAUUAAUACUUGUUCAAAUGUUGUUAAACCCAAUAUUGAAAGUCAAAAUUCACCAACAUUUAUUCGACCAAUUCAACAGUACUCGAUCCCACCACCGAUUGAUCCACGAAAUCCAGUGACAUGGAAUGUUAAUGAUGUAUGUUGGUAUUUAAAUGAAUCUGGAUGUUCGUUUGCAUUAAAAACAAUCAAAGAACAAGAAAUUGAUGGCGCUGCUCUUCUUUUACUUGACGAUCUAAAUACUGUUCAAGAUUUGUUAGAAUUUAAAUUAGGUCCAGCUGUUAAAUUUUGUCAUGUCGUUGAACAACUGCGUACACAAGUUAUUGAUACAUUUCAUUCUUCACCAUCAUUAAAAACUCGAUCUCAUUUAUCAACAAAAUAA